AUUUGCCUGACUUUUGCUUAAUAAUAAAAUGUAAAUUUUUAUCUGUCAUAGAAAUUACUAAAUAAAACCCCUCGAAUUUUGAUUUAAUUUUCAAUUCCAACGUUAUGAAACUUGAAUUAUAAUAUGUCACAGAUUCAUUAAAAUAAUUAAUCAAGCCUUUAGAAGGACAAUGUGUACAAAGAAUUUUUUUUUUUGAAUAUGUGUUUUUUUAUGUGACUGAUCUUUCUCGUGCAAACGAGACUCACUAAAGAUGCUCUUCGUUAAAACUUUUAUAGUGCCAAUUACCAAGUCGAUUGUAAUUCAUUAUGUUGCAUAGUGAAUCUAUCAAAGCAGGUAAAAAGACUGUUGGGAUUCAACAUAGUAUUCAACAACAUUCAUUUUUUAAUUACGCUUAAUCAAAUGGGCCAUUGUCUUAGCUGUUUUUAUAACCAGACAAAUGCCGAUGUUGUAGCAUCGCCAAAUACGAAGGAGAAUGAUAUAACAGAAAAUAUUGCAAGUAACGAAGCACCAAAUUCAAUGACAUCUGAAUUUCCUCAAGAAGAACCAUUGCUACAGAAUAAUGAAAACCAUCUAAAUUCAUAUAAACCAAAAUCAUUCCCAGGACAAAAUACAAACAGAGUAUGUUUGGCUUCUGAAAAUUCAGCAGAUGUAAAUGACAUACAGAAAACAUAUAGUAAUUCAGAAAAAAGUAAAGCAUUUUACCAUAACAUAAUUCCUUCCAUUCCACGAACAAUGUCAUCAUUGGGAUCAAGUGAGUUUAAGGUGUCCGAGACUAAGAUUAACCAGUUAUUUGAUCAGUAUAAAGAUUCUUUAGAAGAUACUAUUCUGGCUGAAGGGAUUGAAAAUUUAUGCAAUGACUUACAAUUAGACCCUGACAAUUUUAAAAUCUUAGUUCUGGCUUGGAUGUUGAAUGCUAGUCAGAUGUGUAGGUUUACAAGAGCUGAAUUUAUACAAGGUUUAAAGAGUAUGAAAACUGACUCUGUUAAAGGUAUACAACUAAAAUUGAGUGAAAUAUCAAACAAUUUGAAAAGUGACUCUGAACAGUUUAAGGAUUUGUAUAGAUUUACUUUUAAAUUUGGUCUCGAUGUUAGUACUGGUCAAAGAAUUCUUCCUUCUGAUAUUGCUAUUUUGUUAUGGCGCUUAGUCUUUACAAACAAUGAGCCCCCAAUAUUGGAGAAAUGGUUAAGUUACUUAGAGAAGAAUCCUCAUAUACGAGGUAUUCCCAAGGACACUUGGUACAUGUUUUUAAAUUUCUGUGAGUUUAUUGGAGAUGAUCUCAGCAGCUAUGAUGACACUGAAGCAUGGCCAAGCUUAUUUGACGAUUUUGUUGAAUUUGAAAAUGAUCAAAUGAAUCAGAAUGUUUCAAAAACUAAUUUAAUUAUUCAGGACUGAAUUCCUAUAUUUGCCAAAUUUUUAGAUGUUGUAAGUACUUAAAUAUAAUAAGACUGAAAAUUACAUUGGAAGGUCUUAAUAUAAAACCACUCUCUAUUUACUGACAGCAGAGCCAGUUCAAGAAUGUUGUAAAUAAUAGUAUCUACUUGUGAAAAAUAAUUAUAUAGCUUUAUUAAGUACCUAAAAUAACAUUCCAUUAUUGGAAUUAGCUGAAAUUUGUAAAUAUUCUGCCAAUCACACAAGAUUGCUUUAAAGAAACAAAGUUAAUUAAAAUGUAUAUAUUAUGUAUUUUUUUUAUCGCAUCACAGUUAAACAUACUUCAAAAAUGCCUGACUUGCAUAAUAUAUUUUAUUUUAAAGGUC